AUGCAAUCAUCUUGUUAUCAUAACCAUUUGUUGUUUGGUACAUGCUUAUCCGUGGGCAUCCGCAAUACGUGCUUGGUUGGAGUUUGUCCAAGCUACGAGCAUCUUUCGGGUGGUAAACUUAUAAAACUGUUUCUAUCUUUAGAUUCCACAGUUAGUCUUAUCUUAGUAAUUAAAAUGUUAUCGAUAGCUCUCGCAAUUGUGAUUUCCGUGUCCAUCAGCUCAGCUGUGAUCGUAGCGCCUUUGGAUCAUGCCAUAGAAACUUGUGGUCGUGAUCUCCAGGUUUGCGAGAGCAAACUUGCUUCGUAUCGUGCUCUGUCAUUUCCGGACGAUCGAGACACUCAGUGUUUCAUCAAAUGUGUUUUGGUGGAGCUGCAAGCUUGGUCAAACCCUCGAAGUCUGUUGAAGCAUUCCGCCAUUCAACAAUAUUUCAUACCUGACGCAGCAGAUUGUAACUAUGAAGAUCGUACUCGACGCUGCCUUGAUCAGACGUUGCCGAAUUGCAUACGUGGAGAUGGCUGUUCUCGAGCCUACUGGUCAUUCCUUUGCUACAAGGACAACUACGGUAACUUGGUACGGCAGCCUAACCAGUUCAUACCACCAACGGAGUUGGAUAUUGCCCAACAUCAUCUGGAUUGUGUAGACAUUCUCAGAAUUCCACGAGAGGAACUCCUAAAUGUAGAGACAUUGAACAACGGAUCCAAUUGCUACGCACGGUGCUUAUUGCUGCGAAGUGAAGUCUACAGUGACGAAAGCGGCCUGGACCUCGAUCGGCUGUAUGUUCUUCUCGGAUACGACACCGAGAAACAUGUAUUCCUACAAUAUGCCCAACAGUUUCUUGCAGCAGACUCGGAAAACCAUCAAACUGACAGGUGUCUGGCAGCUCAGGUGCCUUAUCAGCUAUUCCACGAGCUGUUGGUGAACCUUUUCCGAAGGGAUGGAACAAGAGACAUUUCCUACGUCUUCGAUGUAAAUAACGUAUAACGAAAUAAAUAAUCCAAUGCAACAAACUCAGCUGGCAGUGACACGAAAGAAAUGUAAUCUAAAACUCUUCCUCCUCUUUGUGAACAAUCCUUUUCUCGUACCCAAACCACAGGAUCAUAUUCACCUUCACAAUUUCUCCGCUUGGUUUUGACUGGGUGCCAACCAGCGCACACGGAAUGGCAUCUUUUCUGGAAUGAAAUUCCUUUCAAACUCAGCGACACAACCCGUCUGAAAAGCUGGGGAAAUCGGAACCCUUUUGCCUCUGUGCGUGCAGUUAGUUAGUUAGUUUCGUCUUGUCAGUCACAGAGCGCUACGGGUGAAAAUGCAAAAUCUAAACCGCAAACUCUAGCCGUAGCAGCGCAGCGUAGAUGUUGAUGGUGAGACCGGGUGGUCGUGGUAGUGGGAGGUUAUUUGAACAAGUUGAAAUUCGAAUACUUAGCCGAGCCCCGGAGACUUCUCCAACUUUAAACCAACAUAUGAAAAGGGAGAAACUACAUUUGACAACUGCAUAUUCUCCCGUGAAUAAACCGCAUCCGCUUAGUUUAUGAAUUUUAUGUCACUAACAGGAGGAGGGAAAAUAGGCCCAUUCCUCCAUAAAGUUAUAAAAUAGAAGUAAACAAUUUGUAAUUACUGUUCCGACUUUUUCAAAUAUUGAUCUGGAACCUUCCUGGUAAGAAGUAGAGAGGAGUAACAGCGAUGGGUGGCAGUUUCUUGAAAUUAGCAUAAACUUGCUUACACCCAUGUGGUACCUACAGCUGCUGGCAGUCCAGUGUCGUCACAAUGGCACAAACAGCAUGACUUCUUGGCGCUUUGUUUGAAAAUGUACAAACGACAAAUUGAAUCGCAACAGUCAGAGGUACAACCGUUAGAAGUUUCGUAUGGACGGGGAAGUUUGAAAGUGGCUUUGGGUAGGAUGAGGUGUAGGUGCGUGGAAAUGAAGGCAAUUACCACCGUUUGAUGUUAAUAGUUUCAGAAGUGUAAAGGCGUUCUCAUUAACGAUUGCCUGUUUUUUUUUAAGAUGACAUAAAUAAAAAUGAAAUGGUGUUUGGGGAGCGGAUAAAUGGAAGCAAAUAAUUCUUUCACUGUUGCAUUCGCGCAGGGGUCCGACGUGUGUUCGUACGUAAAAAUAAUUAAGAAAAGUGACCAAGAAGGUAAGAAAAAAAAAACGGGAAGAUCUGAAUGCAUUUUUGAUGGA